GAAAUUACCCUUCAGAAUGCCUUUUUUCUUGGACGCAGUUCAGAAAAAUCGGAUUCUUCGCUAACCCUGUCUGACAAACUUGAGGUUGUCGGCCGCUCAACUCAAUACUGUCGAUGCUCAAGGUCAUGACUCAAAGUUGUUGAGGUAUGCACCAAAAAGCAAAUGUUUCGCCUUUUUAUUAAAAACAAAAUACAUCGAAAACACAAGCAAUGUUCGACAACAAAGCGAUUUGUGAUGAAAACAGUAGUGCGGCUAUAAUUGAUAAACUUUCGACAAUAAACUCGACGCAAUAGACCGCGAAAAUAUGAACCUCAGGCUUCAUUGAUAAAAUUUAUGCCAAACUGCAAGUUAAUUUAAAUUGGUCUAGUAUAAAUGUUCAAAUUUACUCUAAUAAUAAUGUAAUUUAAGGAGGGGUCGCUUCAGCGCCGUGCGAAGCUUUUUGUUUUAUGUACAUACUGAUUGUGUAGCUGAGGAAAUAAACUUAAAUCAUAAUUUUCAUAACUGUGUACUGUUAUUACAAUGCCAGUCGCUUGACAGUUAUUGGAAUGCUCAGCCAAACAAGAUUCACUUAGAGAAUUCUAACACCUCCACUUUCCUAUGAAAUCCAACUAUUCAGUACAUCCACCAACUGACAUCAGCUAAAUAGGAUUUUUUUCGCACCUAUUGGAUUUUAUAAUCCAAAACAUGUAAUUUUUCGUCUGACUGGUUCAUCCCUAUAACAUAUUUUAUAUGGGUUGUGUGUUACCGUACCGCAGAGAUUAGUGUAUUUGUAGCAUGUUAGGCUAUAUGUUCUUUGUUUAGGUUCCAAGAUUGUAAUAAUCUGGGGCUAGUGUUAGUAGUGAUUUUCGUUUAUCACUGUCCUUAAUAAAUGUAGGUUCAUUGUUUGUACUUACUGGGUUUUUCAUUUCACUUUUCGUUCUUUUUUCCAGCCCUCACGCUACUCUUUAUGCUCCCUUAAUACACGAAGUACCUGCUGGCUAAACACAGACCGCUACACGUUAUAGACUUCAGUCUCUUGCUUCUUUAGAACAUCCUUUCACCACAAGCGUAAAGUGUAUAUACUUUUAUUGUAAGAAGUGAACUGAAGAAUGACUAGUUAGAUGAAGCAGUACGAACGGUGACUGUAGUGUCUUUUAUUUGGCAUAAAUGGGUCAGUCUUUAUGUGCUCCUGUUUUAUCCAAGGAAACAAAAAGCUGGCAAAAUGAAAAUUAUAGUGUGGCAGUAUCCAGUAUGCAAGGAUGGCGUGUACAUAUGGAGGACGCUCAUAUGUGUUUACUAGAGCUCCCUGGUGAUCCAAAGGCUGCCUAUUUCUCAGUUUUUGAUGGACAUGGAGGUACAAGGGUGGCAAAUCAUGCAAGUCGUCAUCUUCAUGAGAAAAUUAUUGAACAAAGUGAAUAUGGUCGAAACAAUAUAAAAGAGGCUAUUCGUCAUGCCUUUCUUUCUAUGGAUGCUGAGAUGCAAUCUGAAAUGACUACAUAUUCUGUUAAACCAUCGACACCGAAACUAGACAGCUCAGUUAAUUUAACAGGUACUGGUUCAGUUGUGGCAGUGAAAGAUAGUACUGUUGAAACGAAUGACAGUAAAGCAAGCUUCUCUUUGAAAAUUCCAAAUCCAGGCGAUGAAUUGGCUGGAUCUACUGGAAUAAUAGUCUUAUUGAAAGAUCAAAUGCUUUACUGCGGAAAUGCUGGAGACAGCCGUGCAGUAUGCAGCAGACGUGGAGUCGCAGAACCUUUGUCUACAGAUCACAAACCAACUCUACGUGCUGAGAAAGAGCGUAUUUCUGCUGCUGGUGGUUGGGUCGAUGCAAAACGUGUGAAUGGGAACCUUGCAUUGUCACGAGCUUUCGGUGAUUUUGUCUUCAAGCGUAACCCACAUCAGUCUGCCGAAAACCAAAUCGUAACUGCGAAUCCGGAUGUUUUUGUUCGACGACUUUCAGUCGAAGACGACGAAUUUAUUGUACUGUGUUGCGAUGGUAUAUGGGAUGUAAUGACAAAUCAGGAAGUUGUAAGCUUUGUUCGCCUGCGACUCAGUUAUGGUAUGCUUCCAUCGAAAGUGUGUGAAGAACUUAUGAUGCGAUGUUUAGCACCUGAUUGUCAUACAAAUGGUUUGGGCUGUGAUAACAUGACUGUCGUUUUGGUCUGUCUCUUACAAGGGCGUCCGUUCUCGGAUUUACAACGCAAGUGUUCUCGGUCGUGCCCAGCCGGUCCAGCAGCCGAUAUUUUAGGUACAUGAAGCUAUAGGAACUUAUAUCCGUAGAGGUCUUCUUUGUGAUUCCAGCUUCAUCUCGUUACCUAUUUUGAUCUAAUCUUUCAAAUAAUUUUUACCGUUUCCUGUGUAGUCUUGCAUUUUGUUUCUAAGAAAAGUAACUUGUGGUUCUGUCUUCCAAAUAAUACAUUUUCCAGAAACGAUACUCUUCACUGCAUGCUACAAUUUUAGAAAUUCGGGGAGUUUCGGGAUGAUACCAAAAGUUGUUAGGUUUUACCAUGCUUGUUGGGCGCUAUGCAUUAUCCUUGUUGGUAGACGUAUUACAUAAAUAUAAGUUAUAAAAUUGUAUGGAAGUUUGCUUAUCAAGGUAAGUAAACUAUCCUAUUGAAUAAAAUUGCAUUUAACU